UCUUCUCCCAUCGGUGCGUUCUUUUCAAAACGAGGCUUUGCCGUGAAACACUGUGUCUGCGCUCGAAUCGCGUGUAAAUAUCGGAAAACACCCUCAACAAUGGUCCGUAUCAGUGUGCUGGCCGAUGCACUGAAGUGUAUCAACAAUGCGGAAAAGCGUGGCAAGCGCCAGGUGCUGAUUCGCCCAAACUCGAAGGUAGUCAUCCGCUUCCUCACCGUCAUGAUGAAGCACGGCUACAUUGGCGAGUUCGAAAUCGUGGAUGAUCAUCGCAGCGGCAAGGUGGUGGUGAACCUGACCGGGCGCCUCAACAAGGCCGGUAUCAUUUCGCCCCGGUUCGACACUAAGGUGAACGAUCUGGAACGCUGGACCAACAAUCUGCUGCCAUCGCGUCAAUUCGGGUACGUCGUGCUUACCACGAGCGGUGGAAUCAUGGACCACGAAGAGGCCAGGCGGAAGCAUCUGGGAGGAAAGAUUCUGGGAUACUUCUUCUAAGCCACCGAUCGC